UGUCUCUGACUCAAUCCAGACUUUGUUGGACUUCCUGGACUCCAAAUGGACGACGGAUGGACUGAAUUCAUAGUUCUUGGCUUUGGGCUUGGUUCUGGAAUGUUUCUAGGACCUGCGUGAGGAGGAGGAGAAGGAGGAGGAGGUGGAUUUAGGGAAUUCAUCCCUCUUUCUUUAAAGCCACCACCUAGAAGGAGUGAGAGAAUGGGGGCAGGAGCACUCACCAUCUGUCACAACAAAACAUCCGUACAGAUCAGGAUCAGGGAGGACAUGAAAAAGAUGGUCCAGCUGCCUGUGCUGAAGAAUCUGCCGACUUCUGCCACAGCGGUAGAUAAGACAGGUCCGAGGGUGUUCGGCUUGUCCCUGAUGGAGCUGAGGAAAUUGGGACUGGUGAAGGACGGCGUGCCCUCAGCGUUGAGGAACAUGGUGGAGUACCUCAGAAAGCAUGGGCUGCAGCAGGAGGGUUUGUUCCGUGUGAACGCCAGCGUGCUUGCCGUGGAGAGCCUGAAGCAGAAGCUGGACAGAGGAGACGAGGUCGAUCUCGAGCUGGAGGGCGACGUCUGCACCGUGGCCAGCUUGCUGAAGCUGUACCUGAGAGAGCUUCCUGAGGGCCUCGUUCACUCCUCCAUCCACAACAAACUCAUUCAGCUGCACAGCGAAUCCAGUGAGGAUGAGUUCUGUAAGAACGUGCAAGAACUCCUGCUAAAGUUGCCAGACGUUCAUUACAGCGUCCUGCACUACCUGUGCCACUUCCUCACCCAGGUGGAACAGCAGCAGUGCCACAACCGGAUGACUGCAUUCAACCUAGCAACCGUGUUCGGCCCUAAUGUUUUCCACGUGUCCCCUGGUUUUGAAGGCAUUCAGGAGCAGAAUGUGUGUAAUAAGAUCAUGGCCAGGCUCAUUGAGAACUUCAGCACCAUCUUUGAGCCAAGUGGAGGACAGGAGCAGCCCAAAAGCCAGCCUUCACACAUCAUCAUGGUCAAAGAGGCCCACAUGGAUAUAGUGCGCACAGAUACCUUGUCAACAUCCUCUCCGACACCUACAGCACCUACUCCACUUCCCAGAAAGAAGAAGGCCACAAGGAGCAGUCCAGUUGAAGACAAGGUCUCACCAAGAGAAAAAGAGUUGAGCCAAGAAACCCCAGUACCUACACCAAGAAAAAAGAAGGUAAAGAGAGUGAAAGGUGAAGCAGUGCUGACAUCAGUACCCCAGCCUGCUCCUUCGACAGGUCUUUCCUUCUCCAGACAUUUAUCCCAGCCUCCAGAGCACAGAGCCGAAUCUCAACUCCACACCCUGGGCUGGAGCUCUCCGGAGGAAAGCAUGGAUCUGAACCCUCCUAAACUCAGUCCUAUCGGGAGCAUGGAUACUGUGAGCAGCUCUCAGGAGGACGAAAGACCAAUAUCUCCCUUCUAUGUGAGCUCCCAGCUCCCUCCUGAUCAUCACAGACCUGACUUGACACAUUAUGUGGAGAACACAAUCCGCUCAGCGGUAGAACAGCACCUCUUCGAUACUCACAUGCAGCCAGAUCAGAGUUUAGAGCAGAGCUCAGAGGCAGUACAUCAAGCUUCGCCACCCCCAACCACAGCUCGCCAGAGGAGACGACAGCAGAGAGAGCAGGACGAGAACCGAGAGAGGUGCAGGAAUGCCAUCGAUAAGGAGAACAUCCCGUCUCGUGGGCUGAACAGCAGUGCUAGUGUUAGCAACAGCACCACAGAGGAGAGUGACAGGAGGCUGGCCUCUGCUGAUGAAGACUCCAGGUCCAGGAAACCCAAACACAGCCCUACCCUCACCGAGCUGUCUCAUAACCAAGGCUCACUCAGUCAUCACAGCUCAUCCAAACCACAUGACAGGAACAUGGCAGACAGGAUGGAGGCUACACAUAGCAGGGAAGCAUGGAAAUCAAACGACGCGGCUCGUCCCAAGACGCCUGCCAUGAAGAUCCAGGAGGCCAUCAACGGCCCGGAGCCUUCAGACGGCUGCGAGGACGUUCCUCGACUGGACUUGUCUGCUCUAAUGGAGGACAGCAACUGGGGAGAACCAGUGCCAGCUUACUCAUCGUGGCACAGAGACAACAUGGACAAUGAAGAAGCUCACCUCUCGCCCCACACCGGGGGCAAAAUGAUCCGGCAGCUGCUGGAGGAAGACUCGGAUCCCAUGCUGUCACCACGUUUCUAUGCCUAUGGGAAUUCGCAGCAGUACCUGAAUGACACCGAGGUGCCUCCUUCACCGCCCAACACACACUCUUUCAUCAGCCGGCGGCGGAGUUCUUCGCUCGGAUCGUGCGAUAACGAAUGCGAGAAACUCACAUCAACGCAGCUCUCUAAGAAGAUCCACAGCCUCAAGAAAAAGAUCCGCAAGUUUGAGGAAAAGUUUGAGGACGAACGCAAAUACAGGCCGUCGCACAGUGACAAAGCAGCCAACCCUGAGGUCCUGAGGUGGAUGAAUGAGCUGGCCAAGCUUCGCAAAGACCUCAAAGAACACAGUUUGCUGAAGUCAGAGGAAGAUCUGGCUCCUUUGCCCAGGCAGCGCAGCAACACGCUGCCCAAGAGCUUCGGCUCCCAGCUAGAGAAGAAAAGCAGCGAGGCCAAGACGCCCAAACCACCUGUGGAGAGCACACUAGAGACGGUGAUGAACAAACUGCAGGAGAAACGCACCGAGGCCGGCCGGCCCGAGGACAUCAAGGACAUGACCAGAGAACAGAUUGGUGAGGAGAAAGUAGCUAUGCAGAAAGCGCUGCUGUAUUACGAAGGCAUCCAUGGCAGACCGAUCACAAAGACUGAAAGACAGCUCAUGAAACCGCUGUACGAUCGAUAUCGCCUCAUCAAACAGAUCCUAUGCAGAGCGUCGACCAUCCCAGUCAUCGGCUCUCCGUCCAGCAAGCGCCGAGGCCCUCAGCUGCAGCCCAUUAUCGAGGGAGAACCCGCACUCUUCUUCGACCACGGCAAGGAGGAAGAGGACGGCUCGGACGAAGAUGACAACAGGACGCAGGUGACCGUACGUCCGGAGGUGAGCAUGCUGGGAUUUUUGGACCACCUGGACGAGGAGGUGGACGGUUUCAUUUCGCCUAUAGACGAGUUGUCGCCUUCAAAGAACAGCACCGACAUGAGACUGUCCAACCUGCACGCCGCCACCAUACAGGAACUCGUGGAGCAGCUCCAGGAAGCUCGAGAAGAAAAGAAAAGAAUCCGAAAGAACCUGCGUGAAUUCGAGGACCAGUUCUUCAGGCAAAACGGCAGGAACGUGCAGAAAGAAGAUCGCUCACCCUUGGCGGUGGAAUACAACGAAUACAAGCACGUUAAGGCCAAGCUGAAGCUGCUGGAAGUCCUGAUCAGCAAAAGAGACUCCUCGAAAUUAAUCUAGCAUCCAGUGUUGAGGAACUGAAGCACAAAGACAAGCAGACUCUGCUCAUGAUAAAGCUAAAUAAGCUCAUCGAAAGCCGUCCUGUUGAAGUCGCACAUUGGGUGAAGGGGAGGGGCUUUCCCCCCCUCUCAGGCCAUCUGGAGCUCACAAGCAGAUUUGGCUGAAGAAGAUACCGCCCCUCUUCCUCCUCCUCCUCCUUCCUGUUGGAUUUCUCUACCACUAUUUCACACGCCCACACAGUCAGACGAUCUCACGCUCCUUCUGCUGGACUGCAAACAGAUGUCAUGCAUCUCACUUCCAGUGCCAUCAGCCAAUCAGCUGUGGCUUUCAUGGCCUUCAUCAACCAAACUUCCACAUUAACCACUGACAGAUCUCAGAUUUGACACACUCGUGGUGUUAUUAUACACACACACACACAUACACAUACAUACAGUGUGUAAUAUAUUUGAUUACAUAAGGAGUAGUAUUUAUUUCGUCGAACCCUCGGAGUUUUAACGGAGUGUCAGUUUAAUCAGAGAGGAUUCGAAACGUUUUCAGAGGACAACGAACCUCUUCAUUUUUGAUAUGAUGUGAUAUUAGAUUUAUGGAUGAUUACUGCAACGCUGCCAGUCAAACGUUUUUAAACACUUCGAGAUCAUGUUUUAGAUUUAUUUUAAGAAAAAAUGCCAAAGAAAAUACUUAAAAAAAAAUGUUUUUUUAAAGCUUUCGAUUUCAGAAAAUCGGUGAUAUUUAGUUCCGUCUGAAAUUUGGUCAUUGUGAUAAGUUUAUUUCUGUAACAUCUCACAAAAUAAUCUAAAUCAGGCCAUUCUGUGGCUGGGAAGUUAUUUAAUUUGAGAGGAUUAAAGCAAAUAAUGUGCAUGAAAUCGCUUGCUUUGCGCAGUCAAGCAGACAGAGGAAGUCCGUGUGUGUGCGUGUGCGCAUGCGCAGGUUUACCUUUGACCGUGCGCUGACGGUUCCAUCAUUCUGUCGCUAAACGAACAGCCGAUCACACCGAGGUGCUCGCUGACCGCGAUAUUUAUUAACUUGGUCCUGCGUUUCUUUUCCUUCGUAUAUAACAUAACGUCUUUUCUUCUCGCUUUCUUUCCGUUACUGUAGUCGAUCUUUCACGGUUCAUUCGCACGCUCACGCCCUCCGUUUUUCUCUCCUGUUUCAAAUUUGUAUCCCACAAUGCCUUCGAACGGGGAAAGCCCAUCACGUCAUACAUGAUGUAGUAUGUGGAAUUGGGUCAUGGUGAAGCAGGAAAAAAUAGCAGAGGAGAAUUUAGGGCCGUGUGGAGAUAAUUGUUCUAUUUAAAAAAAGAAACUAAUAAAAUUGGAAGUCCGCGAUUCGAAUUCUGUAGCUUUCGGUCCACUAAACACAAAUAAUCAGGUGUCUGUCGGGGAAAAUUCUUUUCAUGACCUACACUUGAAAAAAUCUGAAAGGCAGUACAGCUUUGUGAAGUGAGGAUUUUAUUAACACUUCCAACCUAAUGGCUUGCAAGUGGUGCAACAGAAAAGUAUGAUCCUGAAUUCAAAUCUGAUUAGCUCUGCUGUCUGAGAGAGAGAGAGAGAGAGAGAGAUGGUCUUACUCUCUCCCUGUCAGAGUGAAAAAUUAACCGAUCUGAACUUGUGUAUGAGGAAGUGGGCGGAUAGCACUUUCCUCCGAGUGUUACGCUGCCCUGUGAUGCACCACGAAGAUUAGUUUGAAAAGAUGCAACGGCUUCACAUGCUUUUUUUUUUUUUAAGGAAGCCCAUGCUAGACUCCACCUUUCCCAGUUGGUAACCCUUUCCAAUUAGAGCUCAUUUUUUCACCUGAGAUUUCAAUUUGCUCAUUUUUGGAAAUCAAUAAAAAUUGAGGUUUCUUCCUCAUGUGCACCGUUUAGUCCGUUUGAAUCGAACCCUGGUGUCUUUUCCGCUUAGUGCGAUUCUUGGACCACAAGCGGCAGUCUGAGAACGUCUGUCCGAGGUCGUCUCAUCCACUCCAGUGAAAUCUAGCACAGUUUGAUUGUGGACUCGAGGUUCGACUCUGAAUUGACUUCCGGAAACAAAGAGAAGUCAAGUAUCACUACGUUCACACUGCAAGGCUUAAUGCUCAAUUCCGAUUUUUUUGUGAAAUCCGAUUUUUUGGUGAGGUCGUUCACAUUAACAAAUAUAUGCGACUUGUACGGUAUGUGAUGCUCAGUAUGAACGAAAAGCGACCUAAAAGUGUCCCGCAUGCGCAUUGCAGGAUACGACGACGUCACACGCAGUGAGCAUGGCCAGUGUUUACGGAAGUAACCUAAAGUUUCCUGUGUAUGACAGUAGCCAGCAUGGAGUACCUGGCGAUGAUGCAGUUGUUGUUGCGACGGAGCCAGAACAUGCACAAUAGCCUGAUGUUAAGGAGGAGGUUGAGAAGGAAGAGGGCAAGGGUUUUGGCUCAGGCGUUCUGCGGGGUAGUGACUGCAACCUCCGUUCAAAGGAACAUCAAAACCAUGUCGUUGUAACUUUUUUUGAGAGACCCGCCGCCUACUUCAGCGCAGAACAGUGACGUUUGUGGCUUGUUGAUGACGUGUAAGUCGGAUGAAUGCGACCUGGCGGUUCAGACUGAAGUCACGUAUGAAAAGAUCGGAUAGGAAUCGGAAUCAGGACCACAUAUCCAAACGGCCUGGGUCGGAUUUGAAAAAAUCGGAUCUGCGUCGUUCAUAUUGUCAAUAAAAGAUCGGAUACAGGUCACAUAUGGGCGAAAAAAUCGGAUUUGAGUCACUUCAGCCUGCAGUGUGAACGUAGUGUACGUGACUGCGACACACACGAUGCUUUUUAAACUAGUCAUUUAUAUAGCUCGCCUUUUUUUUUUAAGUGCAGGGUGAUUUUUAUUUUUAAGCAUGCGUCUUUUAAUACUCCACACACAAAAACCAAAAAAGUAUUAAUUUCAUGCUGAUUUACACUCAACAAAUGGUGACCAGACUAAAAACGUUCAAAGACAUUUGACUGGCUUUGCUUUUUUUUUUUUUUUUAAUUACAAGAAGGAUUCUGUGUCUGAAAUCAGAUGAGAGAAGGUUAAGACAAUUAUGGGAACUUAAGGGAAAAACCAAACCAAACCCAACACCAUUUUACUUUUGGUGAAUUUCAUCAUAAUUCAGCCUGGUGCCGUGUUUCACACGUUUCUCUCGGACAUAUGAACCGUGUUGCAGCUGUAGACAGAUAACGCUGUAUUUUUGAAGCCUGUAUCGUGCUUUCUCUGUGCAGUAAUUUGCUGAGUGAAGCCAAAGCAGGUUAUUUAGCGAGAAUCAGUUAAUACUGUUUUCCUUUCGAGUCUUUUCUUACUUCAUGUGGUGACGACGCACAUCAUCAUCUCAGUCGGAGAUGAACAGCGACACUGACGUUCUUUCGUGUGUAUUUUUGCAUUUUGUUAUUGACCGCUCUAAUCAGUUUUUUAUUGUAAAAAGUCACUGUGUAACAACGACACGGGCCAACAGCAUCACAGCAGCCUGGCUGCCAUUUCUUAUUGCAGAGCGAUAGUUCUAUACGAGAGAGAGAAUAGGUUUGGCUAAUAGAUUCAGACUUACAGAUAAGCAUCUUGGUCUCUCCUGUUUUUCCCUAAAACGGAUAUUUUGCAGUGUGACCUUCGUUUUUACUGAAAGUGAACACUGAUGGUUUAUAAUGAAUAAGGGUGUGUACAUUUUAGUACAUGAUUUAUUUGUAUUUUGUACAUAUGGCUUAAAGAAAAACCUAUUUUUACUGAA